AUGCUUUUGUCAAUUUAGCAAUUUCUUUUGUAAAAUUAACUGAACCAGGUUUAGUACCUAAAAAGAAAAUAAAUGAAAAAGUCAUUGUUACUUUAUGGGAUAUUACAAAAUCAACUACUUUUGGAUAAUUAUUUGAAAUUCUUAAUUAAUAAUAUGAUUUACAUCCAAGAGAUGUUUUUUUAAAGGCUUAACCUGUGUACAUGGAAAUAAUGUAUGCAAAAAAGCCAUAAGAAAAAAAAUACUUUUUGGAUUAACCAAUCAUAAAAAUAUUAGAGAUAUUAAUCAUUAGAAAUAUAUUGA